UGUGUUAAUGCUGUGUCUGCUUGUGAUUUGGAGAAUUUCAGUGCCAUUGAAAGGCAGAGUUUUUUGCACAGGUCAUUUGCGUUUCAAAUUUGGGUAAACUCUAAUCUAGAUUUUCAAAUCCGUAAUGGCCAGCCAAACUCAAGGAAUCCAGCAACUGUUGGCCGCAGAAAAGCGGGCGGCAGAAAAAGUGGGCGAAGCACGAAAAAGGAAACAACGUCGCCUGAAGCAGGCCAAGGAAGAAGCCCAGGACGAAAUUGAGAGAUACAGGCAGGAACGGGAGAGACAGUUCAAAGAGUUCGAGGCGAAGCAUAUGGGUAGCCGUGAAGGUGUUGCCGCCAAGAUCGAUGCCGACACUGUCAUCAAGAUUGAAGAAAUGAGUCGUUCAAUUUCAGUGAACAAAGCUUCUUUAAUCGGUGAGAUACUCACACUGGUGUACGACAUCAAGCCGCAGCUGCACAAAAAUAUUGGAAGCAUGGAAAAGAAGUAAGCACGCAUAGAACUGCCAUUUAAAAAGUUGUGAAGCGCAUAGUGCAGUCCUGUGAGUGAACAUAAAUCCACAAAAUAUUUGGCCAACACAGAAUUAGUAACUAUAAAUCUAUUAUCGCCACUCGAUGUUCUCUCUGUUAAACGCUAUGUACUGUAAAUAAUUGUUUUCCACGGCUUUGUGCAACAAGAUUACUCACAUUUGGCUUUCUUUGGAGGAAUAAUUUCUUACAGGCUCUGUUAAUGAUAAGGUUUUAUUCGUAUUUAUUCGAAACAGGUAUUACCUACAAUAGUCCCUCAAGUUUCAGCGUUAGUGUUAUUAACAUUUCAAAUCGAAUUUAGCCACAAAACACUUGAGAUUCACUGCAUGAUUGUAGCAAAAACACAGUGUGUAAUAUCUAUCAGUUAACUAAACGAAAAAGACAUGACAAUAUUUCUCUUUAUGAAUGUUCGUACUCCUCCCAGUUGGUAAGAAGUCAGUUUGAGUUGAUGUGAGAUUUCAAUAAAUUUGUUACAUAAGGAUAGCGCAAACAGUGUGAAUCUCUCUUGUCCAAAUCCUACCGAUCUGUGUGUCGUAUGAGAAAGGUAAAUAAAAAGCUGUUUUCUUUUUAAUUAUUGCUAGGCAUCCGAUGCAAUUCACAAAGUAGUGGUUUUUUUUGUUAUGUUACAGUCGAUUAAUGCAAACUAACGUACGCAAUAGACAGCAAAUACAACUAGAUUAUUGGAAUACACUUCAGCCAUGUAAAGUAUAUGAAUUAAACCUAUUAUAAAGUAAAUAAAUCGUUACGGACAAAAAUGCGA